AUGGGUGGACAGGCCUGUGGCAAUUUCGAUGCUGUUGCAGGCUCCAUCUUGCUCCAGCGCCCAGACUCCAGACUCGGUUCGUUCGGUUACUCUGUGCUCUCCGCCCUCCACUCACCAGCUCUCUUCACAUUAGGUUGUGAGGCUGACCAUCUAAGGGGAGAAGGGGUGGUGGUGAUGGUGGUGCUUCAUGUACACAGCUCAGCUUGGAACAACAACAACAACAACAACAACAACAACAACAACAACAACAACAACAACAACAACAACAACAACAACAACAACAACAACAACAACAACAACAACAACAACAACAACAACAACAACAACAACAACAACAACAACAACAACAACAACAACAACAACAACAACAACAACAACAACAACAACAACAACAACAACAACAACAACAACAACAACAACAACAACAACAACAACAACAACAACAACAACAACAACACCGUUCUUGCUCACAGGAGAAAGUAG